GACCAUCGUUUUCUAAUAUUCUCUGUAUUUUCUAAAGGAACUCUUGUCAAUCGAACAUCGGCCUGCUCCUGAAUGGCAUAUACCUCAGACGGCUCCAAGUCUAUUUGACUCAUGUCUGGGUGGUUUGAGUUGAUAUGGUUUUCCUUAUCGGCUGACAUGACGCUUGGAGUGAUGAUCCAAUUCAAGUAAUGCGCACAAGGAAUACGUUCGCAUCGCCCAUCCAAACGCAAAUAUUAUUCAACCUCGCCUCCACAUACCAUUACUAUUGUCGUUCCCCAUUCAAACAUAAGACGAGAGAUGAUAUCCAGAUCUAUCUUGCGAAGUGUAUCGCUUCGCAAUGCCAUCGCACAUUCUCCCAAUACUCCCCCUCUCCUACAGCCGUUGUCUGCUACCCAAUAUAAGUUGCCAAGAUGGUCACAUCCAUCGACAAAUCCAAUCCAUUCGCGAGGCUACCAAGGGCGCAGGCAGAGAUACUACAGAUUUGAUCCUGAUGAAGCUCGAAAUGCGCGCCCUCUCUUUUCCGAGCAACAUAUCAAAAACUUCACCAAACAUCCUGCUUUACACUCAUUCAUAGCCCUAUUAGCUGGCGGUGGUGUAUUGGUUUAUGCUAGCAAUAUCGAGGAUGUGCCGGUUUCAGGAAGGAGACGGUUCAACAUAUACAGUCAUCAGGAUAUGGAAGCAGAAGGGCAGAUGAUGUAUGAACAAAUAUUGCGGCAGUAUCACAACCAUAUUCUUCCCGACUGGGAUAAGAGGACCCAGAUGGUGCAGAGAGUUAUGAGUCGACUAAUACCUGCGAGUGGCCUCGACAACGUAGAUUGGGAAGUAAAUGUGAUACAGUCUCAAGAAAUGAAUGCCUUUGUCAUACCUGGAGGCAAAGUGUUUGUCUUUACAGGAAUAUUGCCGAUUGCUAAAACAGAUGACGGCCUUGCUACAAUUCUUGGUCAUGAAAUUGCACAUAAUAUCGCAAAUCAUUCGGGAGAAACAAUGAGUAAAAGCGCCGUCUUUUAUAUGCCGCUGCGUAUAUUGUUUCGAUUCCUGGACGCCACUGGAUAUACUGGAGGUCUAGGUCAAAUAUUGGGAGCACUCGCACUUGAGUUUGGCAUGAAUUUACCGGCAUCAAGAAACCAGGAAACAGAAGCUGAUCAUAUUGGACUGAUGAUCAUGGCAAAGAGCUGUUAUAAUCCCCACGCGGCAGUAGGCGUGUGGGAGAGGAUGCAGGCCGCAGAGAAGAAUGCUCCACCCGAGUGGUUUUCAACUCAUCCAUCGAAUAGCAAUCGAAUAACGCAAAUGCAAGAAUGGAUGUCCAAAGCGGAGGCCGCGAGAGAUGAGAGUGGAUGUGCGCCCACUAUGAAUAAUUUCAACAGCUUUCAAAAUGCAUAUGGCGGACUUUGGUCAUGAGUAUGAUAGCUAUGUGUACGCCUGUAUGAGUACCUACAAAAAGGGAGCUUCUGGACAGCAGCGGGAUAGGUCGGAAAGCGCGGGGAGCCCAGCUGCCAGUCUAUGAAUGGAUUGGGCCUGAAAUAGGAUUUACUCUACUCCAAUUAUUACUAGACUCAUGCUAGUAAGUCUAUUUUCCUACUGUACUUCACACCGCAGGAGCGAACUGGUGAAUCAAAUUACGCAGUUGUAUCGGACACCUAAUGUCGUUCAUCAAUACAUACAGUGCCCUACUGAGAGCACCAUUCACACUUUGAAUUACUUGUGGCUAUCCCGCUUUAAAGUUCAUUAUCCGGGGUCCACUCAACUAGUAGAUCUCCAAACAUCAAGUCUCUCAAUGAGACGUUUUGAUGUCAAAUUCGAAGGUGGCAUAAUUAGUACUGAGUUAGAUAAAAGAACAUGCUACUUCCUUCUCUGCUGAGCUAGUGCCGCGUAGUGACUGAAUUGCAUAAGUCGUAAAGUAUCUCCAGCGGGAUAUCGAAAAUACACUCUUUUCGAUAUUCAAAAUCAAAUCAGUCAAUCACUGUUUCUGAUUGAAAUUUGAAUGAACGAACUCAUAAGCUUCGAAUUCAACAAACAUUCUAUAUAGUUCAUAUUUUGAAUGGACGUGCACAUCAUUGUAAAGUAUUUGGAAUAUAAGUAUUUUCAGUGCA